AUGGAAGACGGUGCUUCAAACUAUGCGCAGAGAAGGGGAAAAGACAUUUACAGCUAUUUGUCGUAUCAAAGAAGCCAUUAUCAUCAAAUCCAUUUCAUUUCAUCUUUCAACGACAGUGUCUUUGCUGAGGCUGCUGUUAUGAGCAUUUCGCAAAUCCCAUUCCGCCCUUCACACAGCCUCAAGUCAUUCCAGCCAACUGGCAACGCCUCUUCGCUAGCCUCGGAAUUUACGUCGCCCAUCCUAAACUCUCAACUCUCAGCGUUUGCUCACAGCCUUCCCUCGCCAUCCUUCGACCAUAACCGCGCCUCUUCAAGGUCGAGAGCCUCCAUCCAAUUGUCGCAUCUCCGCUCGGCAUCUCUCCAGACUCACAGCCUCUGCCGUCAUCCGAUCAGCCAUCACCACUCAGCCAAGCUCCCCGCAGAUGCUCCGACCAUGACGAGCCCCCAAGACAACGACCAAGACGACUUCUCCAACGUCACCUGGAGCGAACAUGUCCAUGAGCAGGCAGCGCGCUCUGCAGCUGUCGCCGCCGCCGAGGGCCCCGGACGCCCCAUCGAGGAGAUUGGAAACAGCUCGGCGAAUGCCCUCGGCCGCGAGAAGCUCGAAUGCACCGUUGGGUCGCCCAUCAAGGAGAAUGACGGCACCAAGGAUGCCUUUGUAUCGUAUCUCGUCACCACUCACUCUACAUUCCCAUCCUUCCAGAAAGAAGUCACGACAGUGAGGAGGCGCUUCACAGACUUCGCUUUCCUGUUUAAACAGCUCAUGCGAGACUACCCCGCCUGCGCCGUCCCGCCAAUCCCGGAUAAGCAGCGCAUGGAGUAUGUCCGUGGCGAUCGCUUCGGUAACGACUUCACUUCACGGCGCGCCCACUCGCUGCAGCGGUUCCUGAACCGCCUGUCGCUCCACCCAGUGCUACGCAGGAGCACCAUUCUGCACAGCUUCCUCGAAAGCAACGACUGGAAUGCAACGGUCAAGAGCCGCACAACUCGUGGCAGCAUAGCGAGUGACCCCGGCGGCUCCAGCGGCGUUUUCGAUAACUUUGCCGAUACCUUUAUCAACGCUUUCACCAAAGUCCACCAGCCUGACAGACGGUUUCUCGAGGUGAAGGAGAAGAGCGACAAACUAGACGAAGACCUUGGCCACAUCGAAAAGGUAAUUGCCCGCGUGGCCCGCCGAGAAGGGGACCUGGAAACCGAUCUGCGGGAUCUGGCGGAGCAAUUCCAGAAGCUCAUCACUCUUGAGCCUGGUAUUGAGUCCGCCGUCCACGCCUUUGCUGCUUCUAUCGAAGAUACGGCACAACACCUUCACCAGCUGAAGGAUGUAACAGAUCAGGACUAUCUUGGAUCGCUUCGCGACAUGCAGGCCUUCUCCCUCGCCCUCAAGAACCUUCUCAAAGCCCGAGAGCAGAAGCAGCUUGACUACGAACAGCUGACGGAGUACCUAAACAAAUCCACUUCCGAGCGUGAUUCCUUGCGCUCCGGCCAUGGCGCACCCAGUGGGCCAGGUGGCUUCAUACGCGCCAAAAUCGAGGACGUCCGCGGCGUGGAUCACGAACAGGCCCGGCGAGAGCGCACUAGAAAGCUAGAACUACGGGUCGAAGAGCUCAGCACCGAGGUCGAAAACGCCCGUGAAACUAGCCAUCGUUUCGACGACGAGGUGAUCCGCGAAGUUGCUGACUUUGAGCGCAUCAAGCGCAUCGAGAUGAAGGCCCAGCUUGGCGGUCUGGCAGAUGCUCAUGUCAAGUUUUACGGCGACGUCGCCGAGCUGUGGGAGCAAUAUGUCAUGGAGAUGGAGAAGGAGGGCGUUGUUCCCAUAGCAUGA